GCGCCCCUUCACCAAGAUCAUGUUCAAGAAAUUUGAUGAGAAGGAGAGUGUGUCCAACUGCAUUCAGCUGAAAACUUCCGUUAUUAAGGGUAUUAAGAGCCAACUGACUGAACAGUUUCCAGGUAUCGAGCCGUGGCUUAAUCAAAUCAUGCCUAAGAAAGAUCCAGUCAAAAUAGUGCGAUGCCAUGAACACAUGGAGAUCCUUACAGUCAACGGAGAAUUACUGUUUUUCAGGCAGAGAAAAGGACCUUUUUAUCCAACGCUAAGAUUACUUCACAAGUACCCGUUUAUCUUGCCACACCAGCAGGUCGACAAAGGAGCCAUCAAAUUUGUGCUCAGUGGUGCAAAUAUCAUGUGUCCAGGUUUAACGUCUCCUGGAGCGAAGCUCUACGCUGCUGCGGUAGAUACCAUCGUGGCGGUCAUGGCCGAAGGGAAAGAGCAUGCCCUGUGUGUCGGAGUCAUGAAGAUGGCUGCCGCAGACAUUGAGAAAAUCAACAAGGGGAUCGGCAUUGAAAAUAUCCAUUACCUAAAUGACGGGCUGUGGCACAUGAAGACUUAUAAGUGAGCCUUAGAUGCAGUGCACUUGAGCUGAAUAUAAAUGUUGUGUUGCAUCUGUGUUUGUGUCUGUGUGUGGCAUCAUGAAGGCAAUGCCUCUGUAGUCAUGCUGAAUAAAUUCAACAGAUACCUUUAAAAACUGAAAA